GGUAGUUAUGUCAGAGAUUAAGUUUCCUAACAUAUUUGUGGUAAUGUAAUUAGCAACAAUGUGAACACUAUCAUGCAAAUACAAAACAUGAGAUUUUUUGGUUCUCUCUACAUUCUUGUUUUACUCGACAUUAAAAUAUCGAGUGGAAUCAGCGAAGGACAUUUGUUUAAAUUUAAGACGAGCGAGUCCUUUCUGAGCACCAGUUUCGGAACAGAUGUAUUCUUUGAAAUUAUCCAUCCACCGGAACUGGAGUAUACAUAUAAAUUAAGACCUGCUAAAGAUUUUGGAGCCUCCUUUAAUGCAAGCUUCAUGGAGGAACGGAUUCCAUUGGUUCCAACUGAACCUCCUCAAGGCUGCCAAAUAGCAAAGAAUGCCAAAGAAUUAAAAGGUAGAGUUGCUCUGAUCGAAAGAGGGAACUGUAGUUUCUUUUUGAAGAGCAUGAUGGCCGAAGAAGCUGGUGCAAAAGCUGUGAUCAUAUCAGACUUUUACUCACCUUCCACAGAAGAAUCAACCACUAAUCAAUUAUGGGCAGACUACUAUUAUGUAGAGAUGAUACGUGAUCAUUCUAUUCCAUCCUCGAAGACAGAAAUUGCCUUGAUCAAUAUCCCAGUCAACCUAACUUAUAGUUCUUUGGACAAAAUACAUCAGCCACCAUGGCUACUCUGGUGAUCUUUGAUAUAUUAUCUUUUAAACAUUUUAAAUAUAUUACA